AUCCCCAUGCUGCUGCCUCCUCUGCAGAGGCAGUGUCCCCAUUGGAGGCAUCCCAGAUGAGCCUUGGGAAUAAAACGCACUCCUCCACGACACCCAACUCCAGCCACCCCUGUGUGCAGCCCCAGGGAGAGCUGCAGACCAUCCACACUCUCCCCUGUCCCUGAGGAAGCUUGGGCUGUCCCAGGGCCUGUCUCCAGCCCAGCAAUGUCCUCCUCCCUCCCAUGCAGGACCUGCUGGCUCUGCUGCACGAGCAGGGCCCAUCCACGGAGGGGAUCUUCCGGCUGGCGGCCAGCGAGCGCGCCUCCCGGGACAUCAGGGAGGCCCUGGACACCGGCGCUCAGGUCCACCUGGCCAGCCAGCCGGUGCACGUCCUGGCUGUCAUCUUGAAGGACUUCCUCCGCAAGAUCCCCUCCAAGCUCCUCCACUCGGAGCUUUACCAGCAGUGGAUGGAUGCCCUGCAAAAGACCAGCAGGCAGGAGAGGCUGGCGGGGCUCAAAGAGGUGGCCGGCAAGUUACCUGAGGCCAACCUCCUCCUCCUCCGAACCUUGCUCAGCCUGCUCCACAAGAUCAGCACCAAUGUCCCUGUCACCAAGAUGACUGCCAGGAACCUGGCCAUCUGCGUGGGGCCCAACCUCCUCAGCCCACCCGAGGAGGACACGCUGGCCCUGGAUGUCCUGAUGCAGGUGACAGGGAAGGUGACAGAGCUGGUUGAGUUCCUCAUCCAACACCAUGAGGAACUCUUUGAGGAGCAGGAGGAGGAGGAGGAGGCUGAGAUUCCAGGAGCACCGGCCGAGGCUGAACUUGCCAGCCAACAGGCCGAGGAGUCACCGGCACCAGAAGAAGAAGGAGAAACUGCCGAGGUAUGUGAGGUCCACACAGAGCGUGAGAGAAUGCCUCCCUACGCAGAAGGUGGGAUUGCCACUGUGUCCAAGCUCUUCGCAGCAAGGGGAAACACCAUCCCCCAGGAAGAGAAAGCACAGCUGCGAAGAGGAGGUCGGUGGCCCGCCACCCAAGCGAAGCCGAAAGCUGUGAACAGAGAGCUCAGCGAUGGGCAGGCUGUAGAGGUGGCCGAAGAAAUCACCCUCAUGCUGCCACCCUUUUGGCUCAGCUGGACGGUCUAG